UCCUAUAUAAAUGUAUAACGUUUUUCCUAUAACAAAUCUUCUUUCCUCAAUAUCACUCACAAGAAGAAGAGAGAGAGAAAGAUUUAGAAAAAUGUGUAGAGGCUUGAUCUUUAAUGAAGAAGAGAGCAGAAGAAGCCACGGUGAUGGUUGCCGGAGUCUUUGCACGAGACCGAGUGUUCCGGUUAGGUGUGAGCUUUGUGGCGGCGAUGCCUCCGUGUUCUGUGAGGCUGACUCGGCGUUUCUCUGUAGAAAAUGUGACCGGUGGGUUCAUGGAGCGAAUUUUCUAGCUUGGAGACACGUAAGGCGCGUGCUAUGCACUUCUUGUCAGAAACUCACGCGCCGGUGCCUCGUCGGAGAUCAUGACUUCCACGUUGUUUUACCGUCGGUGACGACGGUGGGAGAAGCCACCGUGGAGAGUAGAAGUGAACAAGAUAAUCAUGAGGUUCCGUUUGUAUUUCUCUGAUUUUUAGUUUUUUUUUGGUGUAAGAUAUAAAUAUGCCUAGGGUUUUUAUGCAAUUUUCUAUUAAGAAAAAUCUGGGAAAUUUAAUUUUAUGAAGCUUAGAAUUUUAAAAAAUGGGUAUUGACUAAAAUAGCAAAAAAUAUCUGCAAUAGAAAGGAAAGAAAGAAGGAUCCUUUGUAAUUGAGUGGAGUAUAUUCCUCGAAUCUUUUUGAAUU